AUGUUAGAAGGCAGUUUGGCAGGGACUGAAGAAAAUGACGGUGAAGAAGAUGAGAGGCAACUCAUUCAAGAGAGAAAAACUCAACAACAAUCACUCAAACAAGGAAGUUAUGCAAAUAAUACAAUAAAAUUUAUUGGAGGAACUUAUGGAGUUUCAAACAGUGAGAAGAUGUCUGGCUCUACUUUUGAUUCUUUCCCACACUCUUCUGACCCACCUGCUAACAACUCAACUUUAAUACCUUCAAGUGAAGGAUCUCAUGAUAGGAGAAAAAUUAUAUUUGUUAAGGCAGUCUCUAGCCCGAGGAGGUUUGUUCCUCAAAACGUGACUCGCGAUAUUAUUUCUAGGGUGAUCACGAGGAUGCCUAUUCCCGCUGAAAAGUGGAAAAAUUAUCCGAUUGAAGCAAAGGACGAGUUAUUUAAGGAUUGUAUGGAUAAAUAUAAGUUUCACUCAGAUUAUGAUCGGAAUAUUGCAAGAACUAUAUGGGACAGAACAUGCUUGGAUCGGUAUUCGGAUCAUUUAAAAAAUGCAAUAAAAAUAGCUUUAAGAGAAGUGAACUCAACGAAUUUGGUCGACACUAAGGGUCAUGGUCCCAAAGGAAUGAAGGCAGGGGUAUGGGACGGUUUGGUUGACAUUUGGUUGAAACCAGAGUGGAAGAAGAAAUAUGAUGCAAAUCGUUGUGACAGGGCUGCCUUACCUGAUGCAGUGUUGCACACAGGAGGUUCUAUUAACUUAGGUGAACAUAAAAAAAGGAUGGAGGAGGAGUUGAAACAUACAGUUUCGUUUAGAGACGUGUAUGCUCGAGUUCAUAAGAAAAGAGAUGGAGAAUAUGUUUCUCAACGAUCGAAGUUAUUUGUUGAGUCAUAUGACACGGCUAUAUUGGAAAAGUAUGGAGAAGACUCUUCCACUCAUCCGAUGAUUGAUCCUAAAGUGUGGGUAGAAGUUUCUGGUCAGAAAAAGACAAGGCAUACAUUUAUGGAUCGUAGCUUAGAUGUUAGAAGAAGUAUGUCUGCCCCAUUUGUUGAUGUCACUAGUCAUUCCAAAACCAUGGAGGAAGAUAUCAAGAAAGCUGUGGAUAAGGAAUGACCUCUUUUGUCCAAACACAUUUGGCGCCGAUGUUGGAGCCAAUCCUUUCAUUGAUUCGAUCCAUGCCAAAAACACCCAUGCAAAGUGAAGUACCUGAAAAAACUCAUGGAGAUACAAGGUGAAAGAAUAUUUUAGAAUGUUUUCCAAUCUAUUUCGGAAACCGGAGUUAAUUUGGAACCU